GUUCUCUACCACCUCUUUGAGGAGUUUGCCAGCUUUGAGCAGGUCACCAUCCUCGACAUCAUCCUCGGCUUCCUCAGCUUCUUCGUGGUGUCUCUGGGCGGGGUCUUGGUGGGCGUCAUUUACGGGGUGAUCGCCGCCUUCACGUCCCGCUUCACCUCCCACAUCCGCGUCAUCGAGCCCCUCUUCGUGUUCCUCUACAGCUACAUGGCCUACCUGUCUGCUGAGCUCUUCCACCUGUCGGGCAUCAUGGCGCUCAUCGCCUCUGGCGUGGUCAUGCGGCCCUAUGUGGAGGCCAACAUCUCCCACAAGUCCCACACCACCAUCAAGUAUUUCCUCAAGAUGUGGAGCAGUGUGAGCGAGACCCUCAUCUUCAUCUUCCUGGGGGUCUCCACCGUGGCUGGUCACCACUACUGGAACUGGACCUUUGUCAUCAGCACGCUGAUCUUCUGCCUCGUUGCCAGAGUGCUGGGUGUCCUGGUCCUCACCUGGUUCAUCAACAAGUUCCGAAUCGUGAAGCUGACACCAAAGGACCAGUUCAUCAUCGCCUACGGGGGCCUGCGGGGAGCCAUCGCCUUCUCCCUGGGCUACCUCCUGGACUACAAACACUUUGGCAUGAGGGACAUGUUCCUCACUGCCAUCAUCACUGUCAUCUUCUUCACCGUCUUUGUGCAGGGCAUGACCAUCCGGCCCCUGGUGGAUCUGCUGGCUGUGAAGAAGAAGCAGGAGACCAAGCGCUCCAUCAACGAGGAGAUCCACACGCAGUUCUUGGAUCACCUUCUGACGGGGAUCGAGGAUAUCUGUGGUCACUACGGCCAUCACCACUGGAAGGACAAGCUGAACCGCUUCAACAAGAAGUACGUGAAGAAGUGCCUGAUCGCGGGGGAGCGCUCCAAGGAGCCCCAGCUCAUCGCCUUCUACCACAAGAUGGAGAUGAAGCAGGCCAUCGAGCUGGUGGAGAGCGGUGGCAUCGGCAAGAUCCCCUCRGCCGUCUCCACCGUCUCCAUCCAGAACAUCCACCCCAAGAGCCUCCCUGUGGAGCGCGUCCUGCCGGCCCUGUCCAAGGACAAGGAGGAGGAGAUCCGCAAAAUCCUCCGCAAUAACCUGCAGAAAACCAGGCAGAGGUUGCGAUCCUACAACCGGCACACGCUGGUGGCYGACCCCUACGAGGAAGCGUGGAACCAGAUGCUGCUGCGGAGGCAGAGGGCCCGGGAGAUGGAGCAGAAGAUGAGCAGCUUCCUGACGGUGCCGGCACACAGGGUGGACUCGCCCACCAUGUCCCGGGCUCGCAUCGGCUCAGACCCGCUGGCCUACGAACCCAAGGAGGACGUGGAGAACCUGCCCAUCAUCACCAUCGACCCGGCCUCGCCGCAGUCCCCCGACUCCGUGGAGCUGAGUCAGGAGGAGCCCAAGGGCUGCAGCGGCCUCCCGCCCUCGCCCGAGGAGGAGGAGGAUGGCGAGGGGCUGGUGAUGCAGGUGAGGGAGCCUUCCUCCCCGGGGACUGACGAUGUCUUCACCCCGGGCCCCAGCGACAGCCCCAGCAGCCAGCGCAUGCUGCGGUGCCUGAGCGACCCCGGCCCGCAGCCCGAGCCCGAGGAGGGCGAGCCCUUCAUCCCCAAGGGCCAGUAGCUGCUGCCACAAAGCCUCCAAAUCGUUUCUCUCUCUCUUCAUUCGUUCUUUCUUUGCUCUCCUUUUUGAUUUCCUGUCACUACACACGGGUUUGGGAAGGGGAGACUGUCCUGGAUGGACUGGGAUCGCCAGGACAGCUCUGCCCAGCGAGCCCUGGGCUGGCCCCACCGAGCAGGAAAGGAGCCCCGGGAUGCCCCGGGCUCCUCAGGCGGUGUGGCCUGGGGGCGAUGGACAGUUUUCCGCCCGGGAYUGGGAUUUGCAGGUGCCUCACAGCCCCCGCGGGGCUCUCCCGGAGGUGCCCACCCACUCAGGACCUGCGGCUGGCUCUGACAGGGGUGUCCACAGAGCUCCCCACGGCACAGCUCCCCCGUCCCCUGCUUUCCUGUGCUUCCCUGCCCCUGUCCCGGAGAGAUGGGACAGCAGGAGCUGUCACCGGGGCUGCCACACUCCCCUGCACCCUCCCAGGGACCUCGGCCCUCCCUCGCCUUGGCACCUUCCCCACGGGACCAGCUGUGCCCAACACCUCCCUCCUGGCCCCACAUUUCAUGCCAGGUCUUUUCAAAUAAAUAUUCUAGAGCCAUGCAAGGGGGGAGCUGGGACCCCCUGGCUUUGAGCAGCCUCUCCAUCCUCCUGGAACUGCUGUCACUGUCCCCGUGGGGACCCUCUGCCAGCCUCGGCCCCUCGCCGUGUGCCAGCACGGCAGCGACUGCUCCUUAACCAAAGAUGGGCCCGGGGUGUGCCAGGGGGAUUCUCUGUCUCCCUGUGGCCAGGAGGAGCUGGGGGAAAGCCAAGGGCUGCUUCUCCCUGUGUGGGGACACGUUGGAUCUGCAAGGWUGGCAGGAAGGGGACAGCUGGGGGUGCUGGGUGCAUCGUUCCCCAGGCUCAGGAGGGAUCUCUGGGUGUUUGGGUGACGUGCAGCCCUCCCCGGGCUCAGGGGUGUCCUGUGUCUGUCACCUUGUCCCCCGUGCCAGCUCCCUCCACGUGCCACCUUUGCCGUGGGUGGCACUGGGUGGUCACCACCCCCUCCCCAGGGAGCCCUGGCCACUGUCCCCUCCCUGUGCUGUGCCUUGCCACGCUCUGCCCCGCUGCCUUGGUGGGCACCAGUUCCACAUCCCACCCGCUCCACGCCCGCUGGGACCCCCAGCUCCACGGGCUCUGUCACCGGGGCCAGCGCCCACGUCGCUGCCUGUGCCUGCCUGCUGCCCUGCUCUGUCUCCAGGAGGAAAAAAAGCAAUGGAAAUUCUCUUGUAUAAAAAGGAGAAAAAAAAACCAAACCCACAUGUAAAGAGAUUCUUGGUUUUUAUCAUAAAUAUUCUAAUAAAUUAAUGUUAAUUUUUA